AUGGAUCCCCGAGGUGGCAUAACACAAAUCGAGCUGGAGUACAUGGUACACGAUGAAGAUGCAGAGCCCAUUGCCCUGCCACUGCCACUUUUGGAGAAAAUCACAAAUUAUUUUUCUCACGAGUUGAUAAUUGGAAGAGGUGGCUUCGCGGUGGUUUAUAAGGUAUCUCGGGUGCUGCUGCUGCUGCAGGCAGUGCUUGAUAAUGGCAUUGUCACUGUGAAGAGGCUGUUCGAUACGCACAUGCAUGAGGAACAAUUCCAGGGUGAGGUGGAAUGUCUCAUGAAGGUGAAGCACAAAAACAUUGUACGAUUUCUUGGAUAUUGCGCCGACACGCAAGGGAACAUUUCAGACUACAAAGGGAAAAUGGUUAUGGCAGAUGUGCAGCAGCGGUUGCUCUGCUUUGAAUAUCUACCUAAAGGAAGUCUUGAUGGUUAUAUAACAGAUUCACCCGGAGAACUUAACUGGAGAAAGCGAUACGAUAUAAUAAAGGGUAUCUGUGAAGGGUUAAAUUAUCCUCACCAGAACAAUAUUCUGCACUUGGAUCUAACACCCGGAAAUAUAUUAUUGGAUGAGGAUAUGAUGCCGAAAAUUACUGAUUUCGGAUUGUCAAGGUGUUUUGAGGAAGACCAAACAGGGGUCAUUACUAAAAAUGUGGCCGGAACAAGGGGAUAUUUGGCGCCGGAAUGCUAUAACAAGGAAAUCGUACUCGCGCACAAGUUUGACUUAUAUAGUCUUGGUGUUAUAAUGAUAGAGAUACUGACCGGAAAGAAGGGGUGUCAAGUUACUAUUGAGAAUGUACUUCAAAUUUGGAAUAAUACGGUGUUGGAUGCACUGCAGUGGGAUCAAAUACGAGUAUGUGCGAAGAUUGGGAUGGAGUGCACAGAAGUCGAUCCGGCAAAGAGACCAGCUAGUAUGAAGCACAUAAUGGAUUGGCUUGCUGAAAUAGAAUGUAGUACGCAUGUAAUCCCAGCAGGUGGGACAAGAGAGCUUCUUCUCGUUCACCCGUCCGCGCUUUGCUUCCCCUUUGAGCCCAACAAGGCUAUCACAUGCCCGCUGCAGCUAACAAAUAACACCGAUAAGCAUGUUGCAUUUAGGCUUAUGGAUAAUAGCAUGGAGUCUUCCUUCCUAAGGCUGCCAUUGUAUGACGUUAUGCCACCUAACACACCUUACACUCUCAUUGUGACAACACAAGAGAAAGAAGAUCUACCACGAAAGUAUAUCAUAGAUGUGAUCCUCCAAAGUGCUACAUUAAUAUUGGGGGAUGAUGAUCAUAUAAACACUUUCCGAAGCCAGCCAGACAAGUUUUUUCAAGAGACGGGGAAUGAUAUACAGGUGGUGAAACGGAAAGCACUUUAUACCUUGACACACAUCGCAACGUCAUUCUCUAAGCCAAUUUUGUCCACAGUCAAGGUACACGUCUACAUAGAAAUGCAUCUCAGUUGCUUGGACACAAACCGAGCCAAGCAGUGGAUAAUAAUAGGAGAUGAAAAUGGACACGUUGGCUUUUGGGACUAUCCGACACAGAAAAAAGUGGAUGCGCUUAAAGUCUCAGCGAGUCGUGUUACGUGCAUUAGAUUCAUUGAACGGAAGCAAUGGAUUGUUGCUGGGACAGAAGAUGGGUAUCUCCAUGUGUACAGCUAUGAAACAAGAAUUCAGAAGAUCACGAGUUUAAGAGUUGGUGCCAUUGAGAAUCUGGAGUCACGGGCUGCUCAUACCCAUCUGGCCAUCCAUCCAACCCAGCCAUAUUUGUUGUCGGUGUAUGGUUUUAAAGUGAAACUUUGGGACUGGGACGUGGGCUGGGAGUGCAUACAAACAUUUGAGAAUGAAGAGCUUAUGACAAUACUUCGAGUCGCAUUUAACCCAAAUGACACAUUUGCGACUGCUUCGAUGGAUUGCACAGUGGNNGUUUGGAGUCUUGAUUCUCCCGAAUUUAUAUACACUCUAGUAGGGCAUUCGAGCAUAGUGAAUUGCCUGGAUUUCUUCACAUGUGAUGAUCAGGAGUAUUUGGUUACUGGCUCACAUGAUCAGACUGCAAAGAUAUGGGAUCUGCGGAAGAUGAUGUGUAUACAUACACUUGAGGCUUUCGUAUCUCCAGUAAUGUCUCUCUUGUACCAACCCGAUCUUCAGAUUCUAAUUACAGGUUCAAAAGAUGGCGCUAUUUAUUUGUGGAGCACCACAAACUGCGGGAAUUAUUCAUGCCCCCCGACUCUUAAUAGAGUCAUCAAGAUUGGUUGUGUUGGAGCUGUCUACCAUAUCGCAUGUGUGAUGGGAGGGCUUGUGAUUGGAAAAGAAAAUGCAGUGGCAAUUAUGGAUAUCGAUGAUGUGAAUUAUCAGGAGCAACCAACUGAUAAAAGUGAGCAGCAAUUAAGUGCAUGCACGACACACCAUGCCGGAGACAUGUCUAAGCAGGAAAAGGCAGGGUCCAUCAGCAAGCUACUUGAUGUCCACCCGCUGGAACUCCGCUUCCCCUAUUGUCCCAAUGAGCCUAUCCCUUGCUCACUGCACCUAACAAACAACACAGAUGAAAAUGUGGCAUUUAGACUUGUAGACAAGAGUGGCAAGUCCCCAUGGUGCUUCGCAAAGUUGCCGUUGUGCGGCAUUGUACCUCACGGAUCCACUUACACUUUGACUGUGACAAUGAAGGAGGAGAUGAAGCUAAAGGAAGAGACAGACUUUGAUCUCGUUAUUCAGAGCAGUUUAUUGGGAGAUAAGUACAUCGAGGUAUUCAAUGACCAAUCUGAGUCUGAUACAUUUUUCAAAGAAGCCAAACAGUUUGGGAAUAUGGUGCAUGAAGUGACACUGAAAGCUGUUUAUGUGCAGUACGGAGAGAUCACAUCUGAGAAUAUAUCUGUGAAGUACAAUCCUGACUCUUUGUGGUCCCUGGAUGCACAUCCAACAGAACCUUGGAUUUUAACAGGUCAUAAUAGUGGAUAUGCUCGCAUAUGGAACAAUGAGAUGAAGUUCCUGAUUAAUUCGUUUAAAGUCUCAGAUCAGGAUGCAGUAAGCUGCGUCAAAUUUAUUGCAAGAAGGCAACUGAUUGUAGCUAUGACAGAUCGUGCUCACCUCCAUGUGUAUGACUGUUCAUGUGUAACAAAAAUCGAAAAGAUCAGUUUUGAACGUGGUGAUUACGGGACCAGUACACUACUAGCUGUUCAUCCGAUCCUACCAUAUGUGUUGGCAUCAGGUUUAAUGCUUUUAAACUGGGACCUGAGCUGGAAGACCACACGAAUAUUUGAGUCUGAGGCUGUCACAGCAGAGGCAGUUGCGUUCAACACAAGGGACACCAACAGUUUUGCGAGUGGGUCUUAUGAUGGCGAAGUACAGGUUUGGAGGUUCGAUUCCUCCGACCCGGAAUAUUCUUUGCUUGGACAUUUGAAGAAGGUGACAUGCCUUGAUUUUGUUACAUGUGGAGAUCAACAGUAUUUGAUCAGUGGAUCUUAUGACGCCACUGUCAAGAUCUGGGACUUGCAGAAAAGGGAGUGCAUUUGUACGCUGGAAGCUAUGUCGCCAGUUCAUUGUGUCCUUGCCCAUCCAAACCUUCCAGUUAUAAUUACAGGAACAGAACAUGGCAUCAUUCAUCUGUGGAACUCCACUGAUUUCAGGCUAAAGAGAACCAUUAGCUUAGGUGGCGGUGGACCUGUUAUCACUCUCGGAUGUUUGAUGGGUUCACCAAGGGUUGUGAUUGGACAAGAGAACGCAUUUUUUGCCAUGGAUAUCCACGAUGACUGGGGCGGCCAACCCCAGGGGAGAGAUAAUUUCAUUGGUUUGCUUGGUUCCUCUCUGGAGGAAGGGUUGCAUGCCAAGAGACAUAGACAGUGGUGA